AUUCGCAUUUGACCUCACCAACAUGGUGGUCGGUCAGUAUGUGCGGGGACGUGAUGAGGUCAGGGUGGGACGUAGAGCGUAACGCGUCAUCGCCGGUUGGAGCGAGAGCCCGGGGCCUGGAGAGUGACCGAGGGAAGAGGCCGAGGCUCGGGCCCGACCGAGGGAGAGGCCGAGGCACGGGCCCGGGGACUGACCGAGGGAGAGGCCGAGGCACGGGCCCGGUGUGCUGACCGAGGGAGAGGCCGAGGCACGGGCCCGGUGUGCUGACCGAGGGAGAGGCCGAGGAGGGAGCGCACUGAGGGAGUGGGAGAAGGCCCUGGGCCGGCCUGGGCCUGUGUGCGGCUCCGGACAUGCUGAAGUGUAUCCCGUUGUGGCGGUGUAACCGGCAUAUCGAGUCGGUGGACCGCAGGCACUGCUCCCUGAGCGGGGUGCCCGAGGAGAUUUACCGCUACAGCCGCAGCCUGGAGGAGCUGCUCCUGGACUCAAACCAACUGAGGGAGCUGCCCAAGCCAUUUUUCAGGUUGCUAAACCUACGGAAGUUGGGACUUAGUGAUAAUGAGAUCCAGAGACUGCCUCCAGAAGUUGCUAACUUCAUGCAACUUGUUGAGCUCGACAUCUCUCGCAAUGAUAUCCCUGAAAUUCCUGAAAGUAUUAAAUUCUGCAAGUCUCUAGAAAUAGCUGAUUUCAGUGGGAACCCCCUUUCAAGGCUGCCUGAUGGGUUCACCCAGCUCCGAAUCCUUGCACACCUCUCCCUCAAUGAUGUCUCCCUACAGUCUCUGCCAAAUGACAUUGGGAACUUGGCCAACCUGGUGACACUGGAACUUCGAGAGAACUUGUUGAAGACACUGCCAACGUCCCUAUCUUUCCUGGUGAAGCUGGAGGAGUUAGAUCUUGGCAGCAAUGAACUGGAAGUACUGCCGGACACACUUGGAGCUCUGCCAAAUUUACGUGAACUCUGGUUAGACAGGAACCAACUUACUGCACUGCCACCGGAACUGGGAAACCUGAGACGUCUAGUGUGUCUGGAUGUUUCAGAAAACAAACUUGAGGCGCUCCCCAAUGAGAUCAGUGGACUCGUGGCAUUGACUGACCUCCUCCUCUCCCAGAACCCUUUGGAAUCCAUACCAGAUGGCAUUGGCCAGUUGAAGCAGUUGUCAAUUCUGAAGGUGGAUCAGAACCGGUUAACAGAACUAACUGAGGCGGUGGGUGAGUGUUUCCACCUGACGGAGCUCAUCCUCACUGAGAACCUGCUGACGACACUCCCAAAAUCUGUUGGGAAACUGAAGAAACUAACAAAUCUGAAUGUGGAUCGAAAUAGACUCAUGGCGUUACCAGCUGAAUUGGGAGGUUGUGUGAGUUUAAAUGUGCUGAGUCUCCGUGACAACCGCCUGACACAUCUCCCACCUGAACUUGCAAACGCUUCGGAGAUUCACGUGCUGGAUGUGGCUGGUAACAGGCUAAUCAACCUGCCUUUUGCCCUCACAAACCUCAAUCUGAAGGCUCUGUGGUUGGCUGAGAAUCAGUCGCAGCCAAUGCUGAAGUUCCAAACUGAGGAUGACGAGAAAACUGGUGAGAAGGUCCUGACCUGCUACCUCCUACCACAGCAACCGUCCCCCAGUCUGGAGAAUCUCUUGAAUGACAGCCUGGAUGAGGGGUGGACAGAGCCCAAUCUGAACCGGGUCAGUGUGAUCCAGUUCCAGGAGGAGCCGAAGGAUGACGUGGAGAAUGAGGAAGAGGCAGAGCGACGAGGUCGGUUACAACGCAGGGCAACGCCACACCCCAGUGAGUUGAAAGUGAUGAAGCAGGCGAUUGAAGAAAGAAGGGGAGAAGCCCUCACUAUGAAAGCCCAGGACCAGCCUCCUUCACCUGAUUCACCACAACUGCAGGAAAAGAGGCUGAGUACAAUAUCAAACCAGAGCCAGGACUCCCAUAUGUCCAAUGGUGGAAUCCCUAUAGAGCAGGAAGAAGCUGAAUUGGUGAUGGAUAGACCAGCAGAGGAAGAAAUGGCAGUGGAACAGAGCAAUGAGAUGAUGGAAGAGAAUGAGGAUCAAGAGGAAGAGGAGGAUGAAGAUGAAUACUUUGAGCCUAUGGUGCGUUUCACUGAAGACACUGUAAUUCGCGGGGAGGAGGAAGGAACUGGUGAAGGUGAUUUCAUUCCUGAGAAGCAAAGACUGAUUCGUAAGGACACCCCUCACUACAAGAAGCAAUUUAAGAUUAAUAAGCUACCUAAACCUGAGGCAGUGUUGGCCAUACUGCAGGGCCUGCCCAGCGCUGAUAUCCCAGAUGAAGGUGACCAACUCACUAAGUACAGCCCGUGCCUGGAUGGAGACAUGGGCCCACUGGAGGAUUGCCUGGAGUUUAGAGAUGAAAGGCUUUCCCAGCCUCCCAUUAAGGGGGUCUCCUUUGAUCAAGUCAAUAAUCUGCUGAUCGAGCCUGCUCGAAUUGAGGAGGAAGAGCUAACACUAACAGUACACCGUCAGACUGGUGGCCUGGGCAUCAGUAUCGCUGGAGGAAAAGGCUCUACCCCAUACAAAGGGGAUGAUGAGGGCAUCUUCAUAUCGCGGGUUUCUGAGGAGGGUCCAGCAGCUCAGGCUGGAGUCCGAGUUGGAGAUAAGCUGCUGGAGGUAAAUGGUGUGGACCUGCAUGAUGCUGAGCACCACCGAGCAGUGGAGGCAUUGCGGAGCUCAGGGAGCUCAGUCACCAUGUCGAUACUACGGGAGAGGAUGGUGGAGCCAGAGAACGCUAUCACCGUGACCCCAUUGCGCCCUGAGGAUGACUACGCCCCAAGGGACCGCCGCACCGGUUUGAGGUUCCCGGAGCCUGUGGAAAAUGGGGUGGCUCGGCUGCAGUUUACCACCUCACUGGCACGCAAUGAGAAAGGCUUGGGUUUCAGCAUUGCUGGGGGCAAGGGAUCGACACCGUACAAAGCAGGAGACUCGGCGAUCUUCAUCUCGCGGUUGGCUGAAGGAGGAUCUGCGCACAGGGACGGGAUCCUUCGGGUUGGAGACCGGGUGAUCUCGAUCAAUGGGGUAGAGAUGGCAGAUGCCAGGCAUGAUCAGGCAGUAGCACUUCUUACGGGCACAGCACCCACCAUCACCAUGGUAGUCGAACGUGAGAUGUCAGAAUUAGACAAGUCUGCAGAUGACAUGCUGACAGGAGACAGCUCCCCAACUCUGCACCGAGCGAGGCCGUACACUCCACCCCCUACUGGCCAGGCACGGAGCGAAGAUUACUGUGACUCCACGAUCGAGGAGACUAUAUCGCAACCUAACCAGCCAUCUGUCAACUUCACCGCUCACGAGGAGUACCCUGUAGAGGAGAUUGUUUUGUUAAAAACAGGAGGGCCUUUGGGGCUCAGUAUUGUCGGAGGAAGUGACCAUGCCAGCCACCCGUUUGGAAUCCACGAGCCCGGUGUCUUCAUCUCCAAGGUUAUUGGCGAUGGGCUGGCAGCUCGUACUGGGCUGCGAGUUGGUGACCGUAUUCUGGAAGUGAAUGGCAUCGAUCUUCGCCAUGCCACCCAUCAAGAGGCAGUGAUGGCCCUGCUGUCGAACCAGCAUGAGAUCCGGAUGUUGGUACGCAGGGAUCCAGCUCCGCCUGGGAUGCAGGAGAUCCGGAUUGAGAAGCUGCCGGGAGAGAAGUUGGGGAUCAGUAUCCGAGGGGGAGCCAAAGGCCAUGCUGGAAAUCCUUUCGAUUCGACAGAUGAGGGAAUCUUUAUCUCAAAGGUGAGUUCUAGUGGAGCAGCAGCACGGGAUGGUAGACUGCAUGUGGGACUGAGGAUACUUGAGGUUAACAACCACAGCCUGCUGGGAAUGACCCACACUGAAGCAGUCCGCAUUCUGCGAGGAAUCGGAGACACCUUAACGAUGCUGGUCUGUGAUGGCUUCGACCCCAGGGCAGCUUCUGCCAUCGCCAUGGAGGCCUCUCCAGGUAUCAUUGUGAACCCUUUCGCUGCUGGAAUGGGUCGAAAGAACAGUAUGGAGAGCAUCUCAUCCAUUGACCGGGAUAUGAGCCCUGAAGAGCUGGAUAUUUUGCAGAAGGAAAUUGAGAUGGUUCGUGAGUCAUCAUUAUGGGAGCAAGAGCAGCUGGAGAAAGUGGAGAGAAUGCGAAGAGAACAAGAAGAGGCCACACAGCGAUUGGAGCAGGAGACAGAGACUUUCAGCACAGAGCCGUUAAAGAUGGACUACAGGACCCUUGCAGCACUACCCAGCAGUGGCAUACAGAGGGUUAAUCGGGGCUUUACUGAAUUGGCAGCGAUGGAGGUUCAGUGCAAUCAGCCGAUGGAGCAGGAAGUGGUCUCCUCUUGGAGAUCGGUGGCUGUGCCUUUGAGUGGGCCUUCCAGCGGCCUGGGGCCCCUCGGUAUUAGGCAGCAAGCUGCAGAACCCAACCAUGGGCACCUGGUGAUGGAGAAGAGCGGUGGGCACAUGCUGCUGCCUGAACCCAGCCAACAGGUACCCAGCAGCCAGGAGCAGGAGGUUCUGAUUGAGCUGCAGCCCAUUCCCUUCCACCAGAACCCGUUUGUGGUGGCAAAUAGGAAGGGCCAAGAGAAAGCCAGGUACCUCCCAGCAGCAGGAGCAUCUCCACAGUGCACAAGGGGCAACUCGAGCUGCAACGUCCAGGACAAUUCAAGUGAUUCUCCUGUUCUCAGUAACAGUGGCAUACGGGAGGUCUGCAGCUCUCCUACCUCUCAGACCAAGCCUGGAGUCAUUCAGCCAUUGUCCAGGGGUAGACCGCUUGUGGCUCCAGGAAGCCCCGACAGCAGAAACAGUCCAAAGCGAUUCCACAGGCCAGAGGAGUUGCCAGUGCCUCUGAAAGCGGAUUUUUUUAUACAAAGGAGUAUUAAACCCAAAUCAUCAAACGAGGUACCCUCACCCAGCGCCCUGGAUAGCCCAGAGCAGCGGUCAUUCCGUGACCGGCAGAAAUACUUCGAAAUUGAUGUGAAACAGCAAGUGGCAGAGAAACCCAAGCGAGUGUCACUGGUGGCUGAAGAUGAUCUGAGGAAGAUGAAGGAAGAGGAAGAGAGGAAGAUGAGGCACCGAGCUCAGGAUGUGGUGCUGGAUGAAGAGGAGGAGGAAGAUGAAGAAAAGCGGCUCUCUGAUAUCAGUGGUCAGGUCAGCGUGAUGAUUGAAGGGGUCGAGUACAAGAUUGAGCGAUUGGAUGGAAGGAAUCAGGAAUCCCCAAACACCGGUGUGCCUGCAGCAUACCCUGAGCCUGUGGCUCCGAUUCGGACAGCGAAGGCAGAGAGGCGCUAUCAGGAGAGGCUGCGAAUGCAGAGCCCAGACCUGCCUGUGGGACAGGACAAGGAGUUGUCUCCUGCUGAACGACGAGCUCUCGAGGCAGAGAAACGGGCCAUGUGGAGGGCUGCAAGGCACCAAGCCCUCGAGGAUGACCUCAGACAGUACAAACAGGAGCAGGCUCGCCGUCUGUACCGGUCCCGCCAGCGGGCAGCUGAAGUGCUCAGCCUGGGCCAGGGCUCCCGUGUCAAACCGCUUCCAGUGGUCAGGCAAGAAGGCCUGUGCACUGAGUUCAGGAUGAAGUCCCUCGAGCAAGAUGCGCUGAAAGCACAAAUGGUGAUCGCCAAAUCGAAGGAGCCCAAAAAACGCAGCCCACUUGACCAGCUCUCCGAGUCUCCCUCGCCUGCUGCGACUCCCUCCCCCACCUCCCUAGACGACCACAGCCCUCGCAGCAUCACAUCGCCUGGGAGGCUGUCCUGGUCAGAAAAGAAGUUUGAUUACCGACAGUUUGCAGCUAUCCCAUCUUCUAAACCAGUUUACGAUAUCCAGUCUCCAGACUUCCUGGAUGAUGUAAUGUACAUGGAUGAUGGCAGCACUUCAGUCACUCGGCUCGGUGAGGACAGCGAGGAGAGGGCGACUAACCGUCGGUUACCAGCACCGACCCCACUGGCCAGUACCACCGUGUACAACCACAAGCAUUCAUUACAGCGUCAUGUGCGAAGUGCUGAGAGCACUGUGCCAACGUGAGAGGAGCCCUGACAAAAGGACACGCUGCCCUCCCAGCACCAAGUGCCCUCGCUCACACUUCACAUCUUACAGACUCUGUGUUCUUUUCUGUUUUUAGGUGAAUUGGAUUUUAAUUUCUGGCAGAGACUAAUCCCGUAGGAUUUUAUACGGUUUUUAAUGAGGAAGUGGGGUGGGAGGGUAGGGAAGAGGUUUGAGGUUCAAAGCCCUAAUCUGCCUGUUGUAGUUUGAUCCUGGGCUGCAGCUCUCCUCGCGCAUGAUCAGCAGGAUGUGGAACUGCAGUUCGAUCCUAGUGCUUCAUAGUGGUGGCAGAUUGUGUGUCUUGGGGUGUAGUUCAUAAACCAGAGUGAGUAAAGCAUUGCAUGGACAAGGGGAUAGUGCCAGGCUACCAGCUGGACCCUUGUGGGCCUGGGCAGGGGAGAGGGUGGGAGGGGAGGGGGGAGAUUAGCAGAUGGGUGGGGUUGGAGGCUGCAUGAACCUGGAGGCACACCUACUCAACUUGGUAAUGAAGCCACAAAGUCCCUGUGAGAGAAGAGGGGAUCACUAGCCAAGGAGACCAUGGCUGAUGGAGCAGAGAAUCAGAGGUUUGAUUCAACUAAGGACUGCUUCCCUUCCCCUCCUUCCCGACCCCACCCUCUCAGCACUACUGGGGGAGGGAGCAGCAAUGGCCAGACUCAUCACAGCCUACGACAGUCUAUCUACCACAAAGAUAGGAGGGUGGCUGGUAGGCUAGUGAUCACAUUUAACACUAAAGCAUAUCAGGGUCCAGGGAAGGUCAAGCCUGCCUGGUUCAGCUCAAAUCAGGGACAGAGAUUGCAUUCAAUAACUAGUCAGCUGUGGAUGGAGUCGUAACCAAGCACGCAGAGUUUAUCGCUGGGGUCAUCCUGUUGUGACCUUCUCCGAACCAGUGGGAGAAUUUUUGGAGAGAAUUGGGAGGUCAGUCAUGCGCGGGGGGUGUGCGAAUAGGCAUUGUGGGCUGCGAUGGGUGGUCCUGGGCCCACCGUCUAUCUCUGUUCCCUCUCAGUGAUGGAAUGUGAGGAAUAGGGGGUUUCCUGGAGUGUACUGUCAGUCAGCAUUCUGUACAUUGCUGCCCACUUCUCGUAGAGAAGUGAUGGGUGAUUGUAGGCCAGUGUGGAUAAUACAUCUCCCACCUCACCAUCUCCUUCCCAGCGAUAGGAUACAAGUUAUCAUUCUGGUUGUCCCCGGAUCCUCGUCCCAGACCCACGCAAGUUUAGAAUGUGCUGCUAAUGGGAUAAAUUUGGUACAAAUCAUUUAGGGGCUUAUUUGCAGGAAGUUGUUUUCAGUCGAACCGCAUGGGGUACUAAGUGAUCGGGACAGCCUGAUGCAGGUUCUCCACUGGUUUCGCAUUUUAAUUAUGAAACUGGAAAGACUUGUGUGUGGGAAUCAUUGGUGAUCCCUGGACACAGCAGAGAGCCACUCUCACUACAUUAAACAGGAGCAGUUUGCUGCUUCCUCUCUGCUCAUCUCAGACUGGAACUCGUGAAUUUGUACAACCAAAGACGUAUAUUUUGUGCUCCAGGGUUCAUUAAAGUUUACUUUUCAUUUUAUAAA